UUAUCUCAUUUUCAUUUGAAGGAUAUUUCCAAAAUUGCUACAUUUAAUCUAUAUUAUGAAUGUCAGAUAAACAAGAAACAGGGGCUUUACAUGCCCCAACUUGUAGACCACCCGUAAAAACAAUUAAUACGGAAAUAGGGAUGAAAGGGUAAUCCUGAAAACUUUAAAGUCUUCUUGCUGUAAAAAAAAAAAAAACCUAUUUGCCAAAAUUUGGUUUAUUCAGUCUCUGGAAAACGUCUGAAGUCAGAAAUCAAUUGCUUCUACUUCUGUGAAUAGCUGGCUUAGCAUUCCUCUGUCUUACACAGAUGUGCGUAAUCCCAGCGCCAACCUCCCUCACUUUCAAAGGUCAUUCCCCUUGGUAUAUAUUGGAAAAGAGAAGGUUAAGUAUUUGUCCCUUCUGCAUUUUCCAACUGGCAGUCCUACUCAGGGUUGUACACUCUGCUCCAGUGCUCACAGCGCUAUCUAGGACCACUAUUCCCUUCGCUCUUGGCCUCUACCUACAACUCCUGGACAGCACCUCCGUAAGAUGCAGCUCCCACUCCACAGUGCUGAGAAAGGAAUGAUGACCCAUUGAUCAGAACUUAAUCACAGGGACACACCUGCAAGGGAGGCUGGGAAACAGUCUUUAAAUAGGGGGUCAUCCGCCUAGUUAAAAUUCAGGACUCUAUGGCUAACAGAAGUGGAGAAUGGAUAUUAGUGGACGACCAGCAGUUUCUGCCACAACACCAUUUGGAGAAAAGUAUUUUGAAGAGUACUUAUUUUGAAGAAGAAAGGCAGGCCUAGAAAAGGGAAAUUCAGAAAGUUGUAAAUUGACAAUCUCAUCUCAGCCCUCUUAAAAAUAAAAGAAAUGCUAGCAGAGUGAUGUGUUUGUCUGCCAGACAGAUAGGUCUCUGUUGUGAAGAUGGAUAUAGAAGGCUAUCAAAGCCUAAACUUUCAAAUCAUCUAACUAAUUCCCUUUGUUCUGAUUCCAUGCUCACUGAGAAAUAUUCUCCUGCCCAGAGGCAAAGUAUAUGCUCAACAGACCAAUGUAAACACUGGUUUACCUGAUGAUUACAUUUCUCAAUGUGUAAAUAUAUUAGUCUCUUAGAUUGAGUUUGAGCUUGUCAAACGAAGGAUUGGGCCCUGGACCAAGACAAUUUCACCAAGAAAAAUUCCACUUUGUGAGCUUUCUUGGCAACCAGCCUUCCCCUGGUGACACCCCUCCGCAUUUCCAGGCGUCAUGGUUAUGUGUUGCUGCAACAAUACUCCAUGACAAAGUGAUCUAAAGCAACAGUUCUUGGUGCUCACCCACCUGUAGGUUGGCUGGGGGGUUGGCUGAUCUAGGCUUGGCCAGACAGCUCUGCUUCAGGCUACAGCACCAAGGCAGGCCUGCUUCUCACGCCAUGUCUGUUGACUCACUGAGGGAGCUCUGCUCCACACAUCUUCUUUGGGAUGUACAUGGACCAGUGGGAUAUCUGAGCCAUGUUCCUCUCAGAGAGUGGCAGAGAAGCAAGAAAACAAACAAAAACAUGUGAGGCUUUUUCCAGUUGAGGGUCAGAAACUUCUGGCUCAUUCUGUUGGCCAAACAAGUCACAGGUCAAAAACAAGGACUGUGUUUGGAGAAAUACACUCUGCCUCUUUAGUAAGAGGAGCUGCAAAGUCAAGGGUAAAGGAUGUGGAGACAGGGUAGAGUGAAGAAUUGAGGUUGUUGUCAUAAUCUACCACCUUAGGUCAACUGCACACCUUAACAAAGUCUAUCUGGCCCAAGGGCCAGGGCAUCAAAGGGAAAACUCGGGGCACAAUUUAAUUAUUUGGGCCGAGGUAACAGCUUCUCUGAGUUGUAAUAGAUGUUGUAAUAUUGGAAAUAAAUCGUUUGCAAUUGACAUUAAGGGCCCAGUAUCUGCACGCUUACAUAUCUAUUUGCCUUAUCAAACCUUCACAAAACUCUUAAAGUAACUUUUAGUGUUACCAAGAAUUAAUUGAAACUUAGGCAAAGAAACGUCAAAGGCCAUGCGUACAUUAAGUGAAGAAAAGCAGGAUUGGAAACACAAUAUCAGUUGCCAACUCAAGUGCUUCUUUUCACCAUAGCAGCUCACUCUUUGAUUGUUUUAAUAAUCAGGAAUUUCUAGAAAGAAUGUAUGUUGCACAUGAGAUAUUCUCAUUCGGACAUUAAGGGCUGUAAAUGAACUUGCCAUAAAGGUCAGUCCUCAUCCUGUGGACGCAGCAGUAGCUGAGCUUCCCCAUAUUAUCAGCUCACAUUGAAACAGAUCCCCACAGACUGUAUUCAGGGCUGUUUGUCUGGAGUUGCAGUGGCUCAAGCUGAGACCAAAACCCAGAAGUCAGUGGCUCAGAUGGGGCUUCCACUGUGCUUCACAAGAGCACGGAAUGGAAGAAAAGGCAAGAAAAAUCAGACCCACCGUCUGCCACUUAGUACCUUAGUUUUUGAACAGGAGGCUCAGUUUAUUAUUUGAAUAUAUUUGAAAAUAUUUUGUUUACUCUAAGAAGCAAACGUAAAAGACAACUAUUGUGGGAGUUUAGAAGCAGCAGCACACAUUGAGGGCUGGGUUGGUGCAGAAAACUUCCAGAGGAAAUGGGGUCAUUCUUUCCUGUGGGAUCUCCCUCUGCCGCCAGUCCAAGGCUGAACAAUCACCCUUGCCUCCCAACAUGUGCCCUGCAAAAGGCAGCAUUAUUUCCUUGCUGAGUUCAGGGACACCCUUUGGCUUCGGGUAGAGCUACUGUCCUCUCAGCCAGAACUCCAACUUAGCCUCCUCCGAACACUAUCCAGCUGUCCCAUCACUUGCCUGGCCAGUGGGCACACUGCCUACUUGAGCAUCUGUUCUCUGCAUCCUCCAUUUCUUUCUCAGGUGAAGGAAGCCCUGAGCGCCUGGACUCAACCAACCGAGGCCCGGGUAGGUCUCAGGUCUUGCCUCUCCCGUCGGCCCGCACUGCAGAGCCUAGGGACGCUGGAUAAAUUUGGCUAUUCCCCCCAGGGGAGGGGUGAGAUGCGGUCCUGUUUUUAGCCACAGUGCUCUCUUCAUCAGAUUUCAGAGAAGCCAAACCGGACUUUUCCUCGGCCCUGAGCCCUAGGCAAAUGCAAGAUCUCUCUGGGAAGCUCGGAAUGGGGCAGGGAGCUGGCUCCGCUCCUCUGCUCGCUCCCCUUCGAGCGGGACUGGUGUCUGGCGCCGAGCGCGCGGGAGGAGGCCAUCGGAAGCGGGCCAACCGGCGGGGCAGCCCUCCCCGCAGUGACGUCCCAGGGGGCGGAGGGGCGACUGGCUGGCUCCGCGCCCUCCCCGCCUCCUCCGGGUGCCAGGUCCGUCGGUCCUCGGGAGAUGCUGCUGCCGCGGUUGCAGUUGUCGUGCACGCCGCCGCCGGGCCGCCCGCUCCACCGCCGUAGCACCCGGGUGUCCGAGGGCGCACCCGAGCCGGGCCAUGCAGCCAGGGGCGGCGCUGCAGGCCAUGCUGCUGGCGGUGCUGCUGGCGGGGCCCGGGGGAGCGACGGGGCGCCUGCUAAGCGGGCAGCUGGUCUGCCGGGGAGGGACACAGAGGCCUUGUUAUAAAGUCAUUUACUUCCAUGAUGCUUCUCGAAGACUGAACUUUGAGGAAGCCAGAGCAGCCUGCCGGAGGGAUGGGGGCCAGUUGGUCAGCAUCGAGUCUGAAGAUGAACAGAGACUGAUAGAAAAGUUCAUUGAAAACCUCCUGGCGUCUGAUGGCGAUUUCUGGAUUGGGCUCAGGAGGCGCGAGGAGAAACAAAGCAAUAGCACAGUCUGCCAGGACCUUUAUGCUUGGACGGAUGGCAGCACAUCCACAUUCAGGAACUGGUACGUGGAUGAGCCUUCCUGCGGCAGCGAGGUCUGCGUGGUCAUGUACCAUCAGCCAUCAGCACCCGCCGGCAUUGGGGGCCUCUACAUGUUCCAGUGGAAUGAUGACCGAUGCAACAUGAAGAACAAUUUCAUUUGCAAAUAUUCCAAUGAGAAACCAACAGCUCCUUCUACAAGAAGUAGAGGUUCUCAAGUCCAUGUUCUCUCUCCAGGUCAAGGAACAGAGCCAGCCACACCCGUACUUCCAGAAGACACAGAGAAGGGAGAUGCCAAAGAAACAUUUAAAGAAAGCAAAGAAGCUGACUUGAAUCUUGCCUACAUCCUAAUCCCCAGCAUUCCUCUUCUCCUCCUCCUUGUGGUCACCACAGUUGUAUGCUGGGUUUGGAUCUGUCGAAGGAGGAAGCGGGAGCAGCCAGGCCCCAGCACAAAGGAGCAGCAAACAAUUUGGCCCUCUCCGCACCCAGGGCACAGCCCGGACCUAGAGGUUUAUAACAUCAUCCGAAAACAAAGUGAAGCUGAUUUAGCAGAGACCCGGCCAGACCUGAAGAACAUUUCAUUCCGAGUGCGUUCCGGAGAAGCCACUCCCGAGGAGAUGUCUUGUGACUAUGACAACAUGGCUGUGAACCCAUCCGAAAGCGGAUUCGUUACUCUGGCAAGCAUGGAGAGUGGCUUCGUGACCAAUGACAUUUAUGAGUUCUCCCCGGACCGAACGGGCAGGAGCAAGGAGUCUGGAUGGGUGGAAAAUGAAAUAUAUGGUUACUAAGAUGUGCGAAAAACACUUGAACUGACAAGAAUGGGAAAGAAAAGAGAAGCAAAAUUCUCCUAUUUUCUAUAAGGAAAACACUCAGAAGGUCUAUGAGAAUGCUCAGAUCUAGUGCCGGGGAGUGAGCAUGUGACCCCCAAGAGCUCCUGUUGGAUCCCCAUCAGCUCCUGUUGGAUCCCCAAGUUUUGGUUAUAUCCCUUAUCCUAGCCUCUCACCCAGCUCAGCCUUAUGAGAAAGCCCCUUGCCCAGGGUCUGGCACAUAGUGGAAAAUAAAUGUCAAUUGAUUGGUUAUAUCUGA